GAGGGCAGAAAAAGACCUGCGACAACUGACACAAGAAGUAACCCCACCUAAAAAAAAAACAAAUCAACUACAGCAGUAAGAGGAUGCCUUUCACGCGGAUCCAAUGCGCUCUGGCUCUCCUGGCCCUCGCGCUCGCCGUCUGCAGCGUCUCAGGUGCGCCGUCUGACGCCAAACUGCGCCAGUUUCUCCAGAGGUCGAUUCUUGCACCGUCCGGAAAACAGGAGCUCACCAGGUACACGCUGGCAGAGAUGCUCGCAGAGCUCGCGCAAGCCGAAAACGAGGUGCUGGACUCGGACGAGGUGUCCCGCGUCGCCGAGACCGAGGGCGCGCGCCUGGAGAUGGAGCGAGCCGCCGGCCCCGUGCUGGCUCCCCGCGAGCGCAAAGCCGGCUGCAAGAAUUUCUUCUGGAAAACUUUCACGUCGUGUUAAUCGUUUUGUCGACAUUCUCUCCUCAAGGUCUAUUCACUUAUAUACUAUAUCUUUUCUUUUCUUUUUUUCCCCCUAAAACUAUACAUUUAUUUUUCCCCUUUGAUUUCAUGCGCACGUCUACAUGAAGUGUAAAUAAGAAAGAAAUAAAAAUACAUAUAUUAAAAAAAUAAAAAAUUGUUCCAUUGAUCAAGUGUUAUCACUUUUGGGAUUUAUGCAGAAAUGUUGAUGGAUGUUUUGGAGAUUCUGUGCUGAGAUCUGUGCUGUCGAUGGAGUUGGGGGGGUAUUUUUUAAUUGUUUGAAUAAAGUCUGUUUCACAGCCA